CGAGCAUUGCGCCUGAUGCAAGCCCUCGCACACCGGUGGAUUAUCAACUAUUCUUGUCGAAAUUUGCAAAUACCAACUAGAUCAUAGGGUUCCCCCCGUUCCCUCACCCCUCUGUCCUGAAUUCCUACCAAACUGGCUGUGACAAUGGGCUCACUCACCCCCCGACACGGCGGCGGACGUCACAAGGUCGUCUGCCUAGACAAUUUCCCUUGCCCGGUCCCCAAGUUCGCAUUCCCGCACGAGUACGUCGAGUACCAGAACACAAUGGGGGAGGACCUGAUCAUCGAGCGCGCCCGCGAUGCCACCAUCAUUAUCACGUCGCGCGUUCCCGUAUCAGCAUACACCGUCGCCGCUUGCCCGCGUCUCGAACUUGUUGCCUUCAUGACCACCGGUACCGACAUUGCCGACAAGAAGGCUUGCCGAGCUCGCGGGAUCGCAGUGUGCAAUGCGCCCGGCGCCAACGCCGAGUCGGUCGCUGAGCACGCUUUCGCCUUGUACUUGGCUGCUAAGCGUCAGGUCGUUGGCCUGCAUCGUGUCACACUUGAAGCUGAGGCAUGGCCUAUGGAGAACUAUGUGUUUCACCUGUACCCGCAGCUACCGCGGGGCUUGAGGCAUGAAGUUUUGGGUAUUAUCGGGUACGGAGCUAUAGGGAGAAAUGCGGAAGCGAUAGGGAAGGCGCUUGGGAUGUCGGUUUUGAUCGCUGAGCGGAAAUCGGUGGCGCCCGAUCAGGUGAGAGUCGGACGGGUGCCAUUUGAGGAAGUAAUCAAGACGUGCACGGUGCUGAUUCUCGGGUGUCCGCUCGAUGAUGAGUCAAGAAACAUGAUUUCAGAGCCCGAGCUCCGGAACAUGAGACCGGACAGCAUUGUAGUUAACGUGGCGCGAGGGGGCAUCAUGAACGAAGCGGCACUGCUGAAGGCGCUAAAGGAAAAAUGGAUUUACGCUGCUGCUACAGAUGUCUUCGUAAAUGAACCGGCGACUAAAGAGGGGUGCCAACUUCUAAGGGAAUGUCCUCCCAAUUUGACGCUCUCUCCGCAUGUUGCGUGGUAUGGGGGUACGUGUCUGGAGAAUUUACAAUUGAGGAUUAAGGAGACGAUUGAAAGUUAUGUAGCGGGGAAAGUCAUUAACUCGGUUCUUUGAAAUUAAUAUACAGAUUAGAUUUGUUAAGUCAUACUAAAUGCCUAUUCCAAUUGCUUUUUAA